UGACAUUGGAAGCGAUGGAGGUGUUAUUUUAUAGUUUAGCCUUCAUUGGCUUCGUGUUAGUCUCGGGCGUUAGCACAGGUUCAUUUUCACGCAGCUAUGCUGAAUCGAGGGGCUCGUCGAGUUCCGAAGCUUACAGCUCAACGUACUCCUCCAGAUCAAACUACAACAGCAAGGGCAGCAACUACGAGCCAUCCAAACCAAAAUGCAAGAAGAAUGAAAAGGAAGUAUCGUGUAUUAACAGUGUAUGUGAAUACAGAAACUGCUCUGAUAUUGGAAAACCAAUAAAAUGCGUCAGACUGGAUCCAACGAAAUGUAUUAGAGGAUGUAUCUGUGAGAGUGAAUAUCUGAGAAACGAUACAGGAAUAUGCAUUCCAAAGGAUCAUUGUCCAACUUACCAAUGCGGGAUUAACGAAAUUUAUGACACUUGCCUUCCAAUUUGUCCUCCGCCAAGAUGUGAUGUUGAUGAAAAGACAGUUCAGUGCCUACGCAAUCCAGAUCCAGGGGACCCAGCUUGCAGGGCCGGGUGCCGAUGCAUUGACAACUAUAAACAGAACGAAUCCGGUGUUUGCAUUCCAAAAGAAGAAUGUCCUGUGAUUCCAACUGAGAACUGUGGGCCUGAUGAAGAGUACGUGGAUUGUGCUAAUGGAGGCUGCGGUAGAUGGGAGUGUUCACAACAAGGUCAAGUUUGUGUGAAGGUGGGAGAAGGUGGUUGUGUUGGAGGAUGUCGCUGUAAGGCACCUUUACUGCGUGCGGAAGACGGAUCCUGCGUUCCUCCUGAACAAUGUCCGGUUACUUGUAAUGGUAAAAAUGAAGUUGUCGGAUGUCAGACUGCCUGUCCUGAAACAUGUGACAGCAUUGGUAAAAACUGUACCAUUAUUGAGCCUAAAGUGUGUAAACGCGACUGUCGGUGCAAGCCUGGAUUUUAUAGAAACAAAAACGGAGAAUGUGUGUCAAAGCAAGAAUGCCGAACAGAAUGCGGUGUUAACGAGAUAUAUGACAUUUGUCCUGCAACUUGUCCUCCACCGAGAUGUGAUGUUGAUGAAAAGACGAUACUUUGCUUACCCAACCCGAAACCAGGUGAUCCAGCCUGUGAGCCCGGAUGCCGAUGCAUAGACAACUAUAAAAGAAACGAAAACGGCAUUUGUAUUCCGAAAGAAGAAUGUCCAACAGAAUGCGGUAUCAACGAAAUAUAUGACAUCUGUCCUCCAACUUGCCCCCCACAGAGAUGUGAUGUUGACGAGCGGGUAAUUAGAUGUGCAAAAAAUCCAGAACCAGGUGAUGCUGCCUGCAAGCCCGGAUGCAGAUGUAUCGACAACUAUAAGAAGAAUGCAUCCGGCAUUUGUAUUCCAAAACAAGAAUGUCCGGGUGUUGUAUACUGUGGGCCAAAUGAGAUCCUUUCAAGCUGUGUGAAUGGUGGCUGUGGAAGAUGGAAUUGUUCUCAGACGAGUGAAAUUUGCUACAAAAUAGCUGACAGUGAUUGUCGGGAAGGAUGCCACUGUAUUGACAAAUAUUUACGAGCUGACAAUGGAACUUGUAUUCCAGCGGAUCAAUGCCCACCAACAACUCCACCAGUCGUUUGCAGAGAUGACGAAGUAUACUUGGAAUGUGCUAAUGGAGGCUGUGGCAGAUGGGAAUGUUCGCAACAAGGCCAGAUUUGUGUCGACGUAGCAGAAGGUGGUUGCGUUCCGGGAUGUCGCUGCAAGGAGCCUUUACUCCGAACGGAAGAUGGAUCAUGCGUUCCUGCUGAUCAGUGUCCUCCUAUUUGUACUGGACCAAAUGAAGCUGUCAGAUGUCGAACUGCCUGUCCAGAAACGUGCAGCAGUAUUGGUAAAACCUGCUCUAUUAUUGAACCAGCAGUGUGUAUACCUGCGUGUCGUUGCAAGCCUGGCUUCUACAGAAACGCAGACGAUGUUUGCGUACCAGAAAAACAAUGUCCGGCAACGCCAAUCGUGUGCAGGUCCGAUGAGGAAUACUUGGGUUGUGCUAAUGGAGGUUGUGGUAGAUGGGAAUGUGCACAAGGAGGUAUAAUUUGUAUCGACUUGAUAGAAGGUGGGUGUAUCGGAGGAUGUCGCUGUAAAAAACCCUUACUACGCGCGGAAGACGGAUCAUGCGUUCCUGCCGAUCAAUGCCCUCCUAUUUGCAACGGUCAAAAUGAGGUUGUCGGAUGUCAAACUGCCUGUCCUGAAACUUGCUCAAGUAUAGAUACGAACUGUACUAUCAUUGAAGCAGCAGUUUGCAAACCUGCGUGUCGAUGCAAGUCUGGAUUCUAUAGAAAUAAACUCGGAGAUUGUAUAUCCAAGGAACAAUGUUUGCAAUGUUCCGGUCCAAACGAAUUCUUUUCUUGUGGAUCCGCUUGCGACAACGUCUGUUCCAAGUUGAGUACCGAAAACCAAACGAACUGUCCCAUCGUAAAUAUUGUCUGUAACCAGAAGUGUUACUGUGAGGAGAACUACGCUCGUGAUGAUUACAAUAUUUGCAUCCCCAUUGACGAAUGUCCUAAAGGUAGCGUAAAUGGAAUUAAGGAAUUUAACGAUGGAAACAUCGCUUUUACUGAAAAAUUCCUUCGAGUGGCCAGUAAAAUUAAUAACGAAGUCAGUGCAGUAUACUCGCCAUUCAGUUUAUUGUUCCUGUUGGCACCAUUGGGUCUUUAUACUAAGGGGAAUUCGGAACAGCAAAUUUUCAAAGCACUCAAUUUGCCGAGCAGGAGUUUGAUCCGUUCUACGAUACCACGUUAUUUGGAUGAGUUUAAUUCUCAAAAAAAUGUGUCACUCGAUCUGGCUGCUCGAGUAUACGUUAACGUUCAGUACAAAUUAACCAAAGCUUUUGAACAGGACACUAAGAAUCUUUUCAAAGCUAAAGCACAAAAUUUGGACUUCAGCAAGCCGGUACAAUCAGCAAAAACAAUAAAUGACUGGGUUGAACUUAAAACAAAGAAUUUGAUUAAAAACCUCGUUUCGCCCGAUAAUCUCAGUGUUGACACGCGUUUGGUUCUGGUGAAUGCUAUUUAUUUCCAGGGUAACUGGCAGUAUCCAUUUGAAAAAGAAAGAACACAAGAACAAAGUUUCUAUGUAAACGAGAAUAAAAAUGUAACAGUUAAUAUGAUGAAUCAAAUUGGAUCGUUCAAAUACGCUGAAAUAAAGAAAUCCAACAUUCAGGUACUUGAAUUGCCGUAUGUAAAUAGGAAUUUAUCAUUUGUGGUUUGUUUACCAAAAUCUAAGGACGGUAUAGAGGACUUAAUCAGUACCCUCGGAGACCCAUCAUUUUCAGUGCUAAAAUCAGCUAUUAAGAGCUUGAAGUAUAAAAGGGUGGAUGUUUCGAUACCAUCAAUGAAAGCAACUACCACUACUGAUUUAAGAGAUGUUCUAACACAGUUACAAGUGACAGGAAUAUUCUCACCAAAGGAGGCUAAUUUAGAUGGAAUAUUGGAAACAUCGCAAAAUAUAUUUGUGUCAUCCGCUACUCAGAAAGCUACAAUCAUUGUUACUGAAACUGGUACAGAAGCAGCAGCAGCGAAUGCGAUUUUAGUUGGUGUAACAUCAAUAGUAGAACCCGUUGAAAUUACUACAUUUUUAGCAGAUCAUCCUUACGCCUACUUCAUCUUAUACAAGGGAACACCAAUAUUCUGUGGAAUAUACAGGGGACCUCAAUAAAAAAUACCUCCUUAAUUGGUGUCGUUGCUACAAAAUUUCAUUUCGUUCUUGAAACAAUUCAAUUGAUCAAUCAAAUGUGUAACAAUAAUGUUUGAAAUAAAUUGUUUAUUUGGC